AUGAAAAACAACUUCAGCUUCUUUGUGCUUCCCUUCCUCUUUUCUCUCUUGUUGCCACCUUUUGUCUUCUCCCACACACAUGGAAACCCUGCAAGCGAAAUUGUCGACAUUAUAAACAAGAAUAGAACAGAUCAAAAGCUUCCUAACAUGAAUGACACUCCAGGUUUAGGGUGCAUGGCCUUACAGUAUAUCGAAUUAUGCAAAGGAAACUGCACCGAUAACAACGUCGUAAACUGCAAACCUCCCGAAGACGAUUUCACCGAAGUCUUUGCCCCUAACUGCGGCGUAGAGUUACCUACUUUCGGUACCAUAACCGGACACAUUGUUGGCUGUCAAAAAAAGUACCUUGAACCAUCACUAGCAUUUUCUCGAAUUCUCAUUAAAGAUAAGAAAUCUCUGUCUCUUCUGAGAAACAAAUCACAUUCUGAAGUUGGAGUAGGCCUUGUUGGAGUUCAUAAAGGACCUUUCUUUUGGUGUGUUUUGUUUGGUAAUGGAAAAGCUAACACUACAUUUGUGCUUGAAAAUCGCGGUGCCGGGAUCAAACAGAAACAAGGGUGUUAUAGUGGAAGCAAUACUCCAUGCAGUGAAGGGGAGAAACAUGAUGUUCCAUUUUAUAACUUUUGGUUUACGUUUUAUGUGUUUAUUCUGAUGUUUAAACUAUUGUGA